AUGGAUGAACCUCUUGAAGUCUUAACCACUCAUCUCAAAUCCAAAACACAUCCCAUCACCUACACUCCACAACAUAUCAUUAUUGAUGCUUCUCAUCGUUAUCCAAAUGAUACUCGUAUCAAAUUACCAAACCAUCAACAGUUGUCUUUGGCUCAACUUUGGUUUAUUCUCAAGAAUGAUGAUUUUGCAGCCUAUUUGAAACAAUGUAAAGAAUAUAACGUGAAUUUUGUUUCAUUUCCUGUCUUUCAAUCCAUCAAACAACAUUUCAAAUCAGAAUUGGGACAGGAUGUAGAUUAUGGACAUUUAUUUGUGUUUGGUGGUGAAAAUGAUACAACGAUUUUGCACGGAGAGACUCUUCCUGGUAGUACUAGUGCUGGCAUUAGUGUGUCUUCUCUUGAUACGGCUGGCGGUAGUCUUAUGGAUCAAAGUGGUGCUUCUUCAAAGAAGAGAGAUUUAAAUGAAGUAACCAAUUUGAGCACUGAUCAAGAUCGUAAUAAGAAAUCAAAACCAUUUCAUAUUCCAUUCUCAUCAAGUGCUAUGAGUCAUACCAUGGUUGAAUUUGGAGAAAAAGAACAAGAAUCUAAAAAGGAAUUUAUUUCAUUCCUAUCCAAUUUGUUACAAUCGGAUUCGAGUAAUGGUAGUGAGAAUAUGAAUGUCGAUUCCUAUCUGCCUUAUCUUGUCUAUGAUCGAAGUCAUGUCAUUAAUUUUAUUAAUUCUAAGGAAAUUCCAUUUAGUACUCGAAUUACUCAAACACAAAUUGAAAAGGAAUAUGUUGAUAAGAAGAAUACAUCUCAACCUAGUACUGUGAAUGGCAGUAAUCAAACCACGUCAUCUAAAUCGAUUUCAUACUUUACAAAUUGUUUAGAUAAUAUCAAAAGAUGUAGAGAGCAUUUUGUUCAUUACAAGAAAGAAGAACAAAAGAAAAAGAAAGAAAGAGAAAAGAAAGAAAAGGCUCAAAGUUAUAAUCAAGAAAAUGUUAAAUUGAAUUACAAUGUGAAGGGUAGAUUUGAUGAAAGAAAUGUUUGGCAAUCAGAAUUUGGAAAUGAUAAUAUUAUGGAUGAUUUACAAAUCAACACGACAGGUUCUAUGAUGAUGGACAAUAGUAGUGCAAUUGGUAACACUAACGGAGAUUUCUCCGCAACCACCGCAGUAACCGGCACAACCGCUACCAGCCAUCCACAAGAAAGCACUCGAUCAAGUCAAGCCGUGGCAUCAUCUUCAGAUAGUUCUAAACAAAAACCAACAGCAGAUUCCAAACAACAACCCUCUAAGAAAUCAUUACCUAUUAUUUUACUUCCACCUGGUAGAUCUUCACUUCUCACUCUUUACAAUGUGAAAGAUUUUCUCCAAAAAGGAACAUUUAUUACAACUGAAGAUAAGAAGAAGAAUUUAGAUCCAAAUUUACCAAAACCAAAGGAAGUAAUCAUCAAGCAUCCAAAAUCCAAUCAACAAUUUCUUGUAUUGGAUACAACAAAGAAUUUGCAAAAGAAAGAUUGGGAUCGAGUAGUUGCAAUAUUUACAAUUGGACAAUUAUGGCAAUUCAAAGAUAGCAAUAAUUGGUUCUCUACAGAUCCAUCAGUAAUAUUUGCAAAGAAGAAGGGAUUUACUCUUGUCUAUGACAGUGAUGCAUUGGCACCAAAUCUUCAAAAUUGGAAUUUAGAAAAGUUAUAUAUUAGCAAAUCAGAGACAAAAAGACAUACAGAUAGCACGGUUGCAAGAAAGUUUUGGAAUUCUAUUGGUUUGGAAUAA